GAGACACAUCGGCUGUAUAACAGAGAGCUUUGGUCAUAAAGCUGCCAGGGCUCAGCAGCUUCUCUCCUUCCUUCUCUCUCUCAGUGAGGAUGGAGACCCUGGAAGAAGUUGAACUCUGCUUUCCACAAUUCCUCAACGCCUCCUGCAAGAAGACAAAGCGUUCUCAUUUUGAGGUCAUACUGUCUUACAUUAUACUGUCCUCCAUCACUGUGCUCACCACAACUCUGAACCUGAUAGUCAUCAUCUCCAUCUCACACUUCAAGCAGCUCCACACCCCCACCAACCUCCUCCUCCUCUCUCUGGCUGUCUCAGAUUUCUUUGUGGGCCUCCUCAUGUUCUUUCAAAUUAUGCUCAUAGACGGCUGCUGGUUCCUCGGUGACCUUAUGUGUAUUCUUUAUCAGUAUCUAGCAUACAUUAUUACCUCUGCCUCAGUAGGAAACAUGGUGCUCAUAUCUGUUGAUCGCUAUGUGGCAAUUUGUGAUCCUCUGCAUUACUCCACCAAAGUCACUCAAAAAAGAGUUCAAGUCUGUGUUUCUCUGUGUUGGAUAUGCUCUAUACUCUUUCAAAGUCUGGUGCUUAAAGAUAACUUGGAACAACCAGGCAGGUAUAUUUCCUGCUCUGGUGAGUGUGUGGUUGUUAGUAACUACAUUGCAGGACUUGCUGAUCUGGUAUUGUCCUUUAUUGGUCCUGUCGUUGUCAUCAUAGUUCUUUAUAUGAGAGUGUUUGUGGUGGCUGUGUCUCAGGCUCGUGCCAUGCGGUCUCAUAUUGUAGCUGUCACAAUUCAGGGUUCAGUGAAAGUAGUUGUUAAGAAAUCUGAGAUUAAAGCAGCCAGGACUCUCGGUGUUGUUAUAUUUGUUUUUCUAAUAUGCCUCUGCCCAUAUUACUUUGCAGCCAUUACAGGCCAGGACGCCUUGCUCAGUGCUUCAUCUGCUGCCUUUGUGAUAUGUCUGUUCUAUUUUAAUUCCUGUCUGAACCCUAUAAUCUAUGCCUUUUUCUAUCCCUGGUUCAGAAAAUGUCUUAAGCUCAUUGUUACACUUCAGAUACUGCAGCCUGACUCCUGUGAGGUCAACAUACUGUAGUGAGAGAGAGAAAGAGUGUAGUGACUAAAAAUAAUUUCACUAUGACAAGAAUAUUGUACUUGGCCAUGUUGAGUCAGUGAAUAAAAAGAUAUAAGUCUGUA